AUGUCCCAAUCCCCCUCCCCGCUGAUCGGGCAACGUCUAAUCCAAAUUAUCCCCGCCGUACCGCCUUCGUCCUCCAGUACAGUACGCUAUGGCACCAUCCUCUACUCUGGCCCGGUCGCGGGCACAAAGGGCGGCGAUGACUGGCUGGGCGUCGAGUGGGACAACCCCGCUCGAGGACGACAUAGCGGGGAGCACAGGGGAGUGCGAUACUUCCAGACGAAAAGGGAGGGUGCGGGGAGUUUUCUCCGGGCGACGACGCUCAGAGAGGAUGGGGCAACUUUCGUUGGGGGCAGAGCAUUCCUUGCUGCAGUCAGGGAGCGAUAUCUAUCCGACGAGGACGAGGACGUUGCGGAGGGGUCGACGAGUCAGGCACAGGCACCGCUUGCACCGCUCUCCCGGCGGAACUUGGCCGAAAUCGAUAUCGAGGCACCCAAUCUGGCCAAGAUCCGUGCGAAGCUUGGUCAGCUGAAGAGACUGAAGGUCGUCUCCCUUACGGGGCCUGUGGAGGUGACCGAAGAGGACGUGAGGGAGCUGGAGGCUGCGGGAAGGGUCGGGCCCAGUAGGGAAGACUUGAUCGAUACGGCGAAGAGCUUGCCUGGCGCUGAGCUCGGGCAGGCCGAGAGCGAAGAGAUUGGCGAGGCAUUACCCAGCAUCGAGCACCUAGACCUCUCCCGCACUCUGAUGCCAUCCUGGCGUUGCCUAGCGAAUAUCGUACAGCAUCUUCCACGAUUGCAUACCCUACAUGCGCAUCAAAAUCGUCUCGCACUUCCAGCUUGCGAAGCCGAUCACGCAGCGCUGCGCUCCUCUGCUGGGCUGCGCUCCCUCCUCUCGCUCGGGCUGGACCGUACGGACACUUCAUGGCAAGACAUCCAACUUCUCGCCCCCUACCUACCAGAGCUACGGACCCUCCAGCUCGCCGGGAACGGGAUUGAUUCCCUCCAUCCCUCGGGAAGCGACGUGCUGGCCAGGCUGGAAGAGCUCAAUCUCGAGUGGAACGACCUCACAUCCUUCCACGACCUCGCGACUCUCCCAGCGCUCAAACGCCUCCAUCUCUCGCACAACGCCAUCGCCCACAUCGCUCCCAGUCAACGCCCCUUCACGUUGCUGGAGCAUGUCUCUCUAACGGGCAACCCGCUCUUCAACCCAAGAACAAUCAGCCCAUCCUCAAAGGUGUGGGAGAGCAUGCACAACCUCGACUCCUCCAUCACGGGAGGACUGCGCAGCUUGUCCGUCCAGCUGAAAACCACAGACGAGGCAAGUCCUCCAAGCAUGGAUGAGGACGCGCUCCGCCUCCAUCUGAUUGCGCGCCUCCCUUCCCUCGCCACGCUGAACGGCUCGCCCGUCAGCGAGAUGCAGCGACGGGACGCAGAGAUUUGGUGGGCCGAAAGGAUGGCGAUGCCCAGCAUGGCCGCCAAGCUGGAUGCGGCCUCUGCGCGGACGAUGGAGCGACUGAAGAACAUCCAUUUCGCCACCACAACAGAUACCCCACCAGCCCCCAUCAAUACCCAACGUCCCGCCGGUGCGCUCGGUCUCAAGUCUCAACUCGUUUCCGUAACUCUACGCCUCUCGGAUCGCACGCCAGGUCAAACGGCCUCUCCGCCCACGCCAACUCGAAGCGCUCCUUCCAUUGCCUUCCUCCCAAGCAUGUCCCUCCGCACCCUCCGACCCAAGCUGCUGCGUUCCCUCAAGGUCUCGCCUCGAGAAGCAGGUGACGCGCGUUGGUUCGCAUUGAUGCGCUCUGCGGACUCCAAGUCAGAGGAAGAGGGAGGCAACAUCGUAAUAGAGCUCGACGACGAUUCGACGCCGUUGAACAGGUACGGACUGGACGCGCGAGUACGGGGCGACUCGUCGCACGAGGACGAAGGGCAGGAAGACGAGAUAUGGGUCGUAUUACCGUCGUAGUCGCUCUUUAAUCCUAUAGAAUUGCGCUCUUGUCACCACCUGCCUAGCGUCUCCCUCCUCGCCCUCCCCUUCCCCCACCUCGCCCACCACGUGCCCCUCCCCCUCCCCUUCCGCGUCCGCCUGGGGCGCGCCCAGUCUUCUCUCUCCUCUUCUCCUUUGCAAUCCUUUCCCUCGC